UCGUCCGUAGAACUGCAACGACCGCAACAUCCUGGAUUCUGACAUCCGUAUCAGAGCUGAUCCGUAUGUCCGUAGCAGAAUCGAGAUUGACUGUUGAUUGCGUUGAUUCAUCGACGGGUCCACGACAAAGAGUUUGACGGCUUGACGACGUGCGUCGGCAUUUUUCCCGCGCACCAUGUGCCUGCUGGCCGGAUCAUCCCGAGUGUGAAAUGUCGGGAAAAGCCAAGUUCACCAUCGACGACGCAUUCGAAGACGAAGGAGACGACGCUGUCCGGUCGUAUGGAUCGACAACCGAAAGCUCGGCGCUCAAAGGGGGCACACGGGAAGAGUGCCUCGUCGUUCGCGUCGAAGACGACCGCACCAGGAGACUCCGGCUUCCGGAGGACACGCUGUCCAAGGAUAGCGACUCGCUGAUCCAGUGCGACGGCCGCAAGUACGACGCCAAAGACGGGUGCUGGUGGAAGCAUCCCAAGGUCCGCGACAACUGGAGGGUCAUGCUUGCAGCCUUGGGCCUUCUCGUCGUGGGCCUAGGUCUCCUGGUCACGGGGAUCGUCGUCCAGGUCCUGCCCCAGAUAGGUGUCCAGGGCUUGGUGUUCUUCAUAGCCGGUGCCAUCUGCCUGAUUCCCGGAGCCUACCACCUGGUGUACGUGUACUGUGCAGUCAAGGGGAAGCGUGGCUACGACUUCUACAACCUACCACUCUUCAACUAGGUGUCCCCAACCGCCGGGCGUGUACGUGGCCUGGCACAUUUAGCCCAUUUUGUCACGUCCGUCUUUAUCUCGCGUCUAUUUUACCUUCGGUUCGUCGACACUGGCAGCUGACGGCAGAGUUCCAUCUCGAGGGACUCAAUUCCAGUUUAGUUUCACUUCGGAUGCUCGCCACGCUGCUGCAAAUCGGGCAGCUCUUUGGCGUGAAAAUACUGGUUUGCGUACGGGAGGGGAGUUCUCAGUUCAGCUGGACACUCGAGUCAGUCCUGGGGCAGUGCAGCACUUUACAAUUGUUGUUUUUGGGGUUUCUGCUAUUGUCCAUUGCAGGUUAAGAAAGGCAGGAUAAGCUCCUCCUAGAGAGGCUCUCCACUCUUUCCAGUUCAAUGCGGUGGAUGCUGGUGAGGAGGCGAGUAGAGAGGAAGAAACCAGCAAUCCCGAAAAAUAGAGAGCUUUGUAAAACAAGCCUGUUCUGCUUUUCUUAACCUGCAACAGUAUUGCUACAGUAUUGCUCAAGUCAGUAAUGUGCUCCGAGUGCCAUAAUGAACCUAGCAAGUGACUUCCAAUGAUCCAGGACAGCAUUCUUUUGUUUCACUCCGAGGAGAAAGUUAAUUAUUUCAUGGAGUACUCAAGGCAGCUGAGGCACCUUUCUCCUACAUGCGCAACUGUUUGAGGGGUACUUGCAGACUAACAUUGUGCACCUAUACGGGGAGAGGGGGGUGGGUGUAUUAGGCACAGUAAGUUAACAACAUUGGAUGGAGUAUGAGUCAAACAAAUGGAAUUGAACAGAAAGUUACAGAAGGCAAUAUCCUAAUGAUUACUCAGACUGCAGUGCAUUGCCAACAGCCUGUUUGGUGUUGCAUCUGUUUCCUGCCCAAUUGUAUGCCAUUACCCUGGUGACCCGAGUAAUGCGCCCUCUUACAAAUGCAUAUGGGCAGGACUAUUGAUGGCAGAGCCGUAUAUUGGGAGAGUUUGGUUAAUGGGAAGAGCGUGCAGAGCCAGGACAUUUACCAGAUGCAGAGAGAGGGCUCAACGUGCUCCCUUGGCCACCCAGAAGCUGAAAAUGAUCCUCUAGCGUUGGUAGCAAGAAACACUUUUAAUAAGAGCGUAAGAGUUAAAUGUAGUCGCUCUUCAUAGUUGAAAAUAUGGUGCACGCGACGUUUCGAUUAUGAUCAUUCAAAAAUAUGAAAGAAACAAAUGCGCCGCUCGAACCUUGUUUAGCUCGGAUGGAGUCCGACCGCUCAAACAGCAAAUACCUGGCCCUCGGCACCUGGCGUGCCGGGGGCCGGGCAUCUGCUUUCUGAGCGGCAGAUGCCUGGCCCUUGGCUUUGUGCCGUGAUCGAAACAUCACUUGCACCAUAUUUUUGGUCGCCGAGAGUUACUCUGACGCACUUAUUAAUUCUGUUUCUUGCGACCACCGCCAGGGUAUUAUUCACGGCUUCUGGUUGGCCACAUUCAAAUUUGUGGGCACGCCCUGGAACGUGCCCGGCCUGCUUUCGACCAAUGGCACCUUUUCAUUUGUUUCCUGCACUUCCCAAUGAAUGGCCAAACUGUCUCUACGUACGGCUGAUUGAUGGGUCAUUGGGAUGUCUUCAUCUUUGAUCGCUACACGGUGGCUCCAUGGGUCCAACACCCUGUGGCCAAUGCUGAAAACGAGUGCUGCAAAAUUUGCCGGGAAAGGCGGGUGUCACUUUGCAGUCAAUUAGUCCUGCCUCAUUUCAGAUGCAUACUGGUGCACAUACUUGCAUCCACUCUUUAGACCUUCCUGUCAGUGACUCAGUAUCUACUCUAGAAGCCAUUGCAUCUCAAAAUAUGCUGCAAACUUGUGUGCUGCAAACAUUGUACUUAGUUGCUACCAAGGCUGACUCACUUGUAGCGGACAGUCAUUUGGGUAUUGUGGAUCCUGGAAAACGCUCAAGUGAGGCUGUCCUUUUCCCCUUGUACUACUACCCCUGCAUGCCAGAUCUAGUCUGUGGCAACCGUAUGCUGCCAGUGGAUUCUCAUGUUCCUAUUUUUGAAGAGGUUUAGUUUCUAGCCUAUCGUAUGGUAUUAUACUAGUCUCAGCAGAGGGAAUUUUGUUAGUUUGAAGCUGUUUGUGCUGCAACGUGUGAGCCUCGACGAGUACUCAAAGGCUGUGCAAUGUGAAGCGGUCUUUGUACUCGGUUGGUACCAUAUGGAAAGUUGAGUACAGCCUCGUAUAGCCACCCGGACAGUACCCCAAAGCUGCACGUGUCUGCGUAUCUACCGUGGCUGAAGCGUGUGCAUGUUCGACAGCUGUCCUCCCUCCGGGGGUGCUUCCAUGUAAUGAGAUGUGGACUCGGUCUGCUACUCUUUGUCACCUAGGGUUUUAGACGUGUGUGGAAAUUGUGUACAUACUGUGAAUAAUAGCAUCGCGCAUGCGUUGUGCCCCGUC